CGCUCCUGAUUGGCGGGCGCGCCCGCUACUCAUGCAAUGCACCGGGCCGGUGUUACAGUGUAUCGGGCCGGUGUAUCUCUGUACGCCGCUCCCGGUAGGCGAGGCGAGGGGCAGCCGAACCCGAGAGGCUGGCGCUGCGGUUCCUGGGCACGGUAGCAGCCUCUGUGCUCGUCCCGAGCUGGUCGGCGUGUCAGUCCCGUGUUCACCGUGCCCUUCGGGCCCCCGGCCCUGUGAGCGGGGCUGCCGGGUGGCGUGGAAGCAUGGCCGGCGAGGAGAGAGGCCCGGAGUCGCCGGCUCAGGACCACAGCGGCAAGCGGCAGAGGGAGGCCGGCCCCGAGUCGCCGGUGGCCAAGCGGUUGAAGGAGCCGGCGGGCGAGCAAGGCAGGAAGUGUCCGAAGAGGAAAGUGGUGCUGCUGCUGGCCUACUCCGGGAAAGGCUACCAUGGCAUGCAGAGGAAUGUUGGAUCGGCUCAGUUUAAGACCAUUGAGGACGAGCUGGUGAAGGCGCUGGUGAAGGCUGGGUGUAUUCCAGAGAACCACGGUGAUGAUAUGAGGAAAAUGUCCUUCCAGAGGUGUGCAAGGACUGACAAGGGUGUUUCUGCUGCGGGUCAGAUUGUCUCUCUGAAGCUCUGGCUCAUCGAUAACCUCGUGGAGAAGAUCAAUGCCAACCUGCCGCCUGGCAUUAAAAUAUUAGGGCUGAAGAGAGUGACUGGCAGGUUCAACUCGAAGAACACCUGCGACGCUAGAACCUACUUCUACAUGCUGCCCACUUUUGCGUUUGCCCACAAGGACGAUGGUCAGCGGAUCGAGGACUUCCGCCUCAGCAGAGAUGCUCUCGGCCGCGUCAACAAGCUGCUGGGCUGCUACCGAGGGACCCACAACUUCCACAACUUCACGUCGGGGAAGGGUCCGAGAGACCCCAGCGCCAAACGGUACAUCAUGGAAAUGUUCUGCGAGGACCCUUUCGUGAGGCGGGGCGUGGAGUUUGCUGUCCUGAAGGUCAAGGGUCAGAGCUUCAUGAUGCAUCAGAUUAGGAAGAUGAUUGGAUUGGUCAUUGCCAUCGUGCGAGGCUACGCUCUGGAGUCCAUCAUGGACCAGAGCUGGGGCGAGGAGAAAGUUGACGUGCCCAAGGUCCCUGGGCUCGGACUUGUGUUGGACACUGUCCACUUCGAGAAGUAUAACAACCGCUUCGGUAAUGAUGGAGUCCAUGAGGCUCUGGAGUGGUCCGAAGUAGAAGAACAAAUUAUGGCGUUUAAGGAGGAUCACAUCUACCCAACCAUUAUUAACACUGAGAUCGAAGAGCAGUCAAUGGCGAAUUGGCUCAGCACCCUUCCUAUCCACGACUUCACUGCCACAGCCUCGGGAGUUCAGCUAAACGAGAAUCAUUCAAAGAAGACAAACGAUGAGGCGGACGAUGGCAGUGAUGCGUCUCAAUCUGACUGAGGGGUUCUGUGGCUGGAACUCGCCCGCCAUCCCCAUGCCCCUGUUGGCAUCUGCCCGUGAAGAAAAUGGGUCAUCGCUUCAGCCUUGUGGGCACUGGCUCCUGCUGAUCCCGGAGUGAGCAGGGGUCCUCCAGUGGUUUUAAAGAUUUUAUCUUAAGACCCCUGGGGUGUCUGCAUUUUUCUCUUUUGAUUAUAGAUAUGCUGGGGAUUUUAGAAAGGAAAGAUGUUAAAGCUGGGGUUCAAAACCUUUUUAAUGCCAUCGACCAAUACCAUUAAGCGAGGGGUCUGUGCAUUAGAGAUAUUGUUGACUCUUAAGUCCGUGCAGCACCAAAAAUGUGCAGAAAGGAGGGUAACUAUUCAGUCCAUUGGCACUGUACUAGCUGCUUGAGACAGCCAUCACUUCAUUUAAAAGCUUAGGCAUUUGGGCCCAUGACGUUCUGACUCUUUAAACCUAUUCCAAAAUCAAUGUAACCCUUCCCUCCCACAUAGCCCUCCGUUUUUCUAUCUUCCAUGUGCCUAUCUGAGUCUCUUAAAUGUCCCUAAUGUAUCUACCUCUACCACCAUCAUUGGCAGGGUGUUCCAUGCAUCCACAAUCUGUGGUUAUUUUUUUUUUAAACUAUCUCUGAGAUUUAUUCCCCCCACCCCCACCCCGUCGGCAUGAUUUCCUCAGCAUCCUGGUAAAUCUCUUCUGCACCCUCUUAAAGCUUCCACAGCUGCCCUAGAUGGGUUGCCCAGGCUGAGCACAGUACUCCAAGUUCAAAGUAUAUUUAUUAUCAAAGUACAUCUGCGUCACCAUAUACAACCCUGAGAUUCAUCUUCCUGUAGGCAUACUCAGCAAAUAAAUGUGCAAAUGCAAAUAUAAAUAAAUAACGAGAACAUGAGAGUCCUUAAAGUGAGAUAAUUGGUUGUGGUAACAUCUCAAUGGGUGGGCAAGAGAGUCUAGUUGUGCCUUUUUGUUCAAGAGCCUGAUGGUUGAGGGGAUGUAACUGUUCUUGGACCUGGUGGUGCGAGUCCUGAGGCUCUUGUACCUUCUAUCUGAUGACAGCAGUGAGAAGGGAGCAUGCCCUGGGUGGUGGGGGUCCCUGUUGAUGGAUGCUGCUCUCCUGCCACAGUGUUUCAUUUAGAUUUGAUCAAUGGUUGAGAACAAUCAAUCAGAUAAAUGUUGCAGCUCUAUAAACCCCUGGUUAGACCAAAGACCACACUUUGGUCUACCAGAGUUUUAUAGAGCUGCAACAUUACCCCACUAAUUGCCCAACUAAUCAAGGCCAACACACGUACACCACCUUAACAACCCGAUCAGCUUGCGUGGCCACUUUGAGGGAUCUAUGGACGUGAUAGAUUUCUGUUCCUCCAUGCUGCUAAGAAUCCUGUCAUUAACCCUGUGCUUUGCCUUCAAAUUUGAUGUUCCUAAGGCAAUCAUUUCACUUUUUGGGUUCCACCCACCCAACUUACCACACUGUUUUUAAGAAAAACUACAUCUGACAUCCCCCUCUCCCCCCCCCCAUACUUUCUUCCAAACAGCUUAAAAUUAUGCCCAUUUGCAUUAGAUAUUUCCACCCUGAGGAAAAUACCUCUGGCUGUCCACUCAGUCUAGGCCUCCAAUCACCUUGUACACCUCUAUCAAGUCGCCUUUCAUCCUCCUUCACUCCAAAGAGAAAACACUAGCUCACUUAACCUAUCCUUAUAAGACGUGUUCUCUAAUCCAGGCAGCAUCCUGGUAAAUCUCCUCUGCACCCUCUCUAAAGCUUCCACAUCUUUCCUAUAAUGAGGUGAUCGGAACUGAACACAGUAUUCCAAAUGUAGUCUAACCAGGGUUUUAUAUAGAUGCAACUUUACCUCAUGGCUCUUGAACUCAGUUCCCCGACAACUUGCCUCUGAUAUCUCUCCUGUACUUUCCAACAAUUACUUUAAAAUUAUGCUCCCUCUUGUUAGCCAUUUUCACCCUGUUAGAUGGUGGGGGGAGUCAUCUCUGGCUGCCCACUUGGUCUAUGAUCAUUAGCCCCAUUCCCUGAAUCUAGCCUUUGUAAUUACCCCUUUGAGUACUUACCCAAUCUCUGUUGGAGCUCACUUGCUUUGAUUUGUAUGUAACAAGCUGUGAAUGGCUGUGUUAAUCGACAUCUCUCGUUUGGUUUGGGCUUUUCCUGCUGCGGAUGCAUCUUCCCUAUCAGGCUAGAGCAAACAAUCAGAGACCUGCUGACAUUUAACUCAGUCAGUGCUCUCCUGUACCUGAACUUCAGAAUUGUCGCUGUGCGGCAUUUAAAAUGAAACGUUUGUAUUAAAAAAAAAUAAAAAGAAAU